AUGGCUAUGGAUUCCAAGAUAGUUCAAAAUUCAAAAUAUAGAUAUGUAUACGGUAAGAAUGCGAAAAAGGAUCUUCAAUAUGAAAAUAUUAAGGUGACGACGAAUCCAUGGGAUUCAAAUCUAAUUAAAUGUAAUGAAAAAUUCAUAGCAGUAAAUUGGUUUUCUUCAGGCAGCGUUGGUUCAUUUGCCAUUUUACGAAUAGACCAAGUGGGUAAACUGCCUGAUCAAAUUUCCCUAUUUAAAGGUCAUAAAUCUCAAAUUCUAGAUACAGACUUUGAUCCAUUCAAUACCUAUAGAAUUGCAUCUGCAUCUGAUGAUUGUAGCAUUGGAAUAUGGGAUAUUCCAAAGAAUUAUUCACCUUCUACAUAUUUAGAUGAUGAGGAAAAUAUACCUAAAGAUAUUAGUCCGUCCUUUUUCUUAUAUGGGCAUGCGAGGAAGGUGGGUCAUAUAUUAUAUCAUCCGACAAUUCCAAAUAUAUUAGCAUCUUCUUCCUUAGAUUACUCAGUAAAAAUAUGGAACAUAGGGACAAAGAAGGACGAAAUUACAUUAAGACAUUCAGACAUGGUCACUUCAAUGUCCUUCUCAUAUGAUGGGGCAUAUCUGGCCACAAUAAGCCGUGAUAAGAUGUUGCGAAUAUGGGAUAUACGUGAAAAUAAAAUCAUUAGUGAAACGAGAGCACAUAGAGGUCCUAAGAUACAAAGAGUCCUGUGGCUUGGUGAUUCAAAUUAUGUAGUUACCACUGGAUUUUCUAAGACAUGUGAACGGCAAAUUGGACUCUGGAAUGCAUUCCAAUUAAGAAAUAAUGGAAAGAGCAAAUUUUAUGGAAUUGACCAAUCCUCUGGUUUACUAAUGCCAUUUUUUGAUAAUCUUACCAAAAUCUUAUACGUUGUCGGGAGGGGUGAUGCAAAUAUUAGAUAUUAUGAAUUCCAAAAUAAUGAAUUAUUACAAUUAUCACAGUACCAAUCUUUAGAACCACAACGGGGAUUUUCCAUUUUACCGAGAUCUUUGUGUAAUGGGAAAGGUAAUGAGCUCAUGAAAUGUUUGAGAUUGGUAGAUGGUAAUCGUAUUGUUCCAGUCUCAUUUUUCGUGCCACGAAGAGUAGAAGGAUUUCAAAAGGAAAAAACUUCAACUAGCUCCAAACCUCAAAUAACAAUGUCUGCUAGCGAAUGGUUCGGUCAAAAAUCAGACAAAGUUAUAAUGUCGAAUAAGACAAAUGUGCUUAGCUUAAAUAACUCUUCCAAAUCAUUAAUGAAUCCGCGAGGGAUCACAGAACAUGGAAACGAAAAAAGCUUGUCUGUAACUGAUGCCUUUUCACCUCCUACCUCCAUCAAUGAAGAUUCUAAUAUUUCCAUACCAUCUUUGAGAAUUUCAAAAUUACGAAGGAGGGAAGAACCACCAUUAGCAAGAUCAUAUCUUAGAUCUAUAUCUAGUGAAGAAGAAAAGAGAACGAGGAGAAGGAUAACCUCUCAGAAAAAUAGGCUAAUAAGUGGGCUUAGUGACUCCCCCAUCAAAAAAGGGGAAGAAAUUUUACGUCCUGAAGAGGAGAGUUCUUCUGUGAACCUUACAGAAGCUGAAGACCGAAAAGUAGCAAAGAUUACGCCACAGGUAGCUGCCACAAGCACUGAAGAACCUUCAAUAAAACAGCUUUCCAAUACGCUCAAAUGGAAUGAUAACCAAAUUGGUGUUUCCCUAAGUAUCAAUACGCCUAACACUAAAAUUGCUUCAAUAGACAUAAAAAAGCAGAGCAAUUCUCUAGGAUCAACUCUUGCAAUUCACAUAUCAAUGAACGCAUUAACAUUCAAUAUGCAAUCUGAAAACUUAUUUAGAGACUCAGUCUUGGAUAAUAUCGCUUCCUUAGGAAACCACGUCACUACUCUUGAAGAUAAUUUAAAAUAUCUUCAAGACAUGGAUACUUCACAUUUGGCUCGUCUGAGGAGUUUAGAACAAAAGAUUCAAAUACUCGAAGAAAAGACAGCUCGCGAUUGA